UCCUCUGGCCGACCAUAAAACAUAAAAACUUGCUUCAUAACAGGACAGGAAAACACACAAUUUUGAAAAAAUGUCACUUCCUUUAUCAAAAAUAGAGAACUUUCUUAAUUAAGUUCCUCUGGUUUUAUUAUGUAAUAACACUGUAUAUUAUCAUUGUUCUGCUUUCUGAAGUUGACACAAAUUUGUCAGCAUGAAAGCAUAACAGGGUGGAUUUAAUCUCACUCCUGUUUUUCAUUCAGAAGUUUUCUGUGGAUUGUGAAGGCGAGCGUGUACAAUGGAAGAGGAGUUGUGCUAUUCAACAGUGAGCUUCAAGACUUUUGACAAUGACAAAUCUGCAGUGCCAGAGUAUGUUGAAUCUGUAUUGUAUGCAGAGGUGAAAGGAGGAAAAUCAGCUUCAAAGAGCCCCCCUGAAACCACAGAAAAAAGCGUGAAGAGCUCAAUCUCUCCAGCAUACAGACGAGAUGCAGUGAUUCUGGGUCUGCUCUGUUUCCUCCUGUUUGCUGUGUUAACGGCGCUCAGCAUUUUCAGCUACAUUUACAGGUUGAAAUACAACAAUAGUCAGGUCCAGUUCACUAAAGAGAGAGACGCCAACCUGCUGUUACAGGCAGAAAAGGAGAUGCUGGAGCAGGACAGAGCGAGGUUGAAAACACUGAGUGAUCAGAUGAACAGCACACUGGAGGCCAUUCUUCAGAAAAACAGCUUUCCAGCUCGACAGUACUGUCAGUCCAGUGAGGAGGGGCUCCAGUGUUCAUCCUGUCCUCAAAACUGGAUUCAGAAUGGCUCCAGGUGUUACUUUUUCUCUACAGGAGAUGACUGGAAAACCUGGGAACAGAGUCAGGAAUACUGCUUGAUGUAUGGAGCUCAGCUGACCAACAUCGACAACAUUGAGAAACAGGCAUUCAUCAAUCAGCACACCAAAUAUUAUUUUGACAAAUAUCACGGCUACUGGAUUGGCCUCUCUGAAAAAGCAAACAAAUGGAUUUGGACCACUGGUGCCAUACUUAAUACAACGUUUUGGACUGGAAAUCCCUACCCGGGUUACAAGUACUGUGUUCUCUCAAUGCCCAGCAAUAAUCCACUGAAAAGCUGGACGUCAAAUUCCUGUGGCAUGAAAAGCAAAUGGAUCUGUGAAGUAGAAGCUUUUACUUGGCCAACCUUUCUUCAAACCCACCAAAACCAAAGUGACCCCUUAACAUGAAAACCGGAAACUGAAGUUUUACAGCUUUUAAA